UAUUAACUGAUUAAUUAUUCAUUUCCACGUGCCCUAGUUUUUCAGCCAUUAUGCCAACAAUUGAUGUACCAAGAGACUUGCUCUUCAAAGCACUGGGAAAGACCUACAGUGAUGAAGAAUUUGAAGAACUUUGUUUUGAUUUUGGUAUUGAAUUAGACGACAUAACGUCAGAGAAGCAGAUACUCUCGAGGGAACAAGGGGCAGAGAAAGCUAAAAACGCAUCUGACAGCAUUAUUUAUAAAAUAGAAGUCCCCGCUAAUCGGUAUGACUUGCUCUGCAUGGAAGGUCUUACAAGAGGUCUACUGGUUUUCCUAGACAAGCUGGAGGUACCUCGAUAUGUACGGGUCUCACCCCCACCUGAUGUGAAGCCGCAAAAGUUUAUAGUUUUACCCGAAACCAGUCAAGUGAGGCCCAUUGGUAUGGGAGCUGUACUUAGGAAUAUUGAGUUCACUCAAGCAAGCUACAAUAGCUUUAUUGAGCUUCAGGACAAACUUCACCAAAACUUAGGAAGGAAGAGAACAAUCGUUUCCAUGGGAACGCAUGAUCUAGACACAAUAGAAGGUCCGUUCACAUACGAGGCACUUCCUCCUGAAAAGAUAAAAUUUGUCCCAUUGAACCAAAGCCAAGAGAUGACUGCUGUUGAAAUGAUGGAAUUUUAUCGGGAUAGUCAUUUAAAGUCAUAUCUCCCAAUUAUUAAAGACAAGCCAGUCUACCCUAUUAUAUAUGAUAAGAAUAAAGUAGUUCUCUCAAUGCCCCCAAUCAUUAACAGUAAUCACACAAAAAUUACUCUCAACACUCGAAACGUGUUCAUUGACAUUACUGGCACUGACCUCAACAAGUGUAAGAUUGUGUUGGACACUCUCGUCACAAUGUUCAGUGAAUACUGUGAGAAACCUUUCACGGUGGAAGGUGUCGAGGUUGAGUUUCCUGAUGGAAAUGUUCAAAUGUUUCCGGAGUUAAAAUAUCGUAAUGAAGUGAUCCCAGUUGAUUAUAUUAAUAAGAGUGUGGGCGUGAAGGAAACUGCCCACUCCAUUGCUUCACUCCUGACUCGAAUGUGUCUGAAGAGUGAAGUUAUGGAGGAUGGGGCUAACGUGAAAGUAGAGGUACCUCCCACAAGAUCAGAUAUUCUUCAUCCUUGUGAUGUUGCUGAAGAUCUUGCUAUAGCAUACGGUUUCAAUAAUGUAGAAAUGACCUUCCCCACCACUAACACUGUUGCCAAGCAGCUUCCAGUUAACAAGUUGACUGAUCAGUUGCGACUGGAGGUAGCUUUCACAGGAUUCACCGAAGCUCUCACUUUUGCUCUUUGCUCUCGCGAUGACGUAGCCACAAACCUAAGGAAAGACCUUAAGGACAUACCAGCUGUUCACAUCUGCAACCCAAAGGCCAGCGAAUUCCAAGUGGCAAGGACUAGCCUAUUGCCUGGUAUACUAAAGACUAUAUCGGCUAACAAGAGAAUGCCUCUACCUCUUAAGAUAUUUGAGAUCUCGGACGUUGUUUUGAAGGACAGCACUAAAGACGUGGGGGCACGGAAUGAGAGGAGACUCUGUGCCGUGUAUUAUGGAAAGAGACCUGGUUUUGAGGUGAUACAUGGUUUGCUCGAUAGAGUCAUGCAAAUGCUUAACGUGUCUUUCUCUGAAGAAAAUGGCUACUGCACUAAACCUACUUCAGAUUCUACGUUCUUUCCUGGUUGGUGUGCGGAGGUUUUUGCCUUCGGCCAGAGGAUUGGUCAUUUGGGCGUGGUCCAUCCAGAAGUGACGACUUCUUUUGAUCUAAACAUGCCUGCUUCUGCUCUGGAAAUUAAUAUCGAAACAUUUUUAUAAUUCCAAAAAAAUGUGCAAUCUAUUAAUAAUAAUUAAUGAAAAAUUGUAAUUAGUUUCUUUUCAGCUUUUCUUAAA